UGUUAUAUUGCUGGCCCUUUUUGACUUUGCAAUGUUGGUCCUUGUCAGCUUUUGCCGCAUCAUGUUUCAUACGGAAGAAAUUUGACUGCUAGUAAAUAUUGACCUUACCUGUAUCUAUUCAGACAUGUAAAUUAUGCAUUGAUUUCAGUGUUGAAAACAAUAUGCAUAAUAAUCAGGGAUAUCACUAAGAUUUCAAGUUGCCGGGUAAAUAAAACAAGUAGGCGGGGAAUCGGAGAGCUAGGGAUUUCUUUUAGUUCUAUUUUUGUUCUAUUUUCCCAUGAAAGUAGCUGGGGACCACAUUCAUAGUAGCCGGGAAAAACCCUGGCCCCCACCUGUUAAUGACAGCCCCGAUAAUAAUGUUUGCAUAAUUUUUGGUCAACUGAAUCAGCUUAGUGGUUUAAUUCUUCCAAAUGGGCUAAUUUCUAAAAGCAAACUUCAAAUUUUAAGCCUUAUUUUAUUUCAUUCGCGUGUAACUGAAUACUUUCACAAAGCGGAGGAUCAUAUACAAUUCUAAUGUAGUGUUUACUGGUAAAGUGAUAUAGUUGAUGUUUAACAAUAAUUAUUAUGCCAUCCCUGCUAGAUUAUGUGGGAAUGGAUGUAACCACAUACAUUUAAUCUCCAGGCUCUUGAACGGCUCACCAAAUUGCCUGCAUGAAAUAGCUUUUGAGCUUUUCUGUGUUUAUUUUAGAAUAAGCCCAUUUUCUCCCAAUUUGAAAAAUGUGUUUGAUUUAUUAUCAAUAGCAUUAAUGUAGAAUUUUUGCACAUACUUCUUCAAUGACAAAGUGUAUUUUGCAUUACAGUCAAAUGGUCUGUACCUUGAUCGUGAACACAGACUUUUUGAGCUACAGCCAUGCUAUAAUUAUUUUGGGAACCAGAUCAAUUUCUGUCUAUUGUUUGGGGUGGGGUAGGGUGGGGGGGGGGGUCUUUGAUAUUAGGGGGUUAUGCAAACAGAGAGUCUCAAUCUUUUAGAUCAUUAGAGCAGAGGAUGGUUAUGUGAUCUCUACUGUGUUUUUGUUAUUCAAAUGCAAACCUGACUUUAAAACGGAAAAGAAACCUUUUAUUGUUUAAAGAUCCACUUUUUUACUUGCUACUUGUUGUUGAGGGCUAUUAUAAGUUUUAUAUUGUAAUAUUGUUAUAUAUCUCAUUAAAUUGUAAUAUUUUUUUUUUCUUUGUGUUUAUGGUUAUUAUUCUUAUGUUUAAUCAAUGUGUUUUUUGAGUUUGGCUUUUUUUAUUUUUUUUUGGGGGGGGGGUUUGUUUUUGGGUUUUUGGGGGGGGGGGGGGGGGGGGGGGGGGGGUCUUUGAUAUUAGGGGGUUAUGCAAACAGAAAGUCUCCAUCUUUUAGAUCAUUAGAGCAGAGGAUGGUUAUGUGAUGUCUACUGUGUUUUUGUUAUUCAAAUGCAAACCUGACUGUAAAACGGCAAAGAAACCUAUUAUUGUUUCAAGAUCCACUUGUCUACUUGCUACUUCUUGUUGAGGGAUAUCGAUUGUGCUUUAAUAUUUUCAAAAGCAGUGAAUAAUUAUACUAAAUUUGUUGAUUUCUUUGUGUUUCUGAACAGGUAUCAUGGCAAAGCCACCUGCUGUGGACAAUAGCUAUGUCCAACUUACCUUCAAGUGCAGUGAGAAUGAGUUAGUUGCACUGAAGCGAGCUAAGAAAGAACCUGGGGCUCUAACAGGGAAGAGUGUUGUGGUGUUGAAGCCCUGUGAUGUUGUAGAAAGGGAUGGCACAGUGUUCAUGCCGAACACAAUUGAAAUGGCUCAACUUAAAAAAUCAGAAAAAGGACAGUUUAAAACAAAUGUGCAGAUUUCUUCAAAGAUGACUGAAAGUGACAUAAAACUGAUAUUAGUAGAGACCUUUCCCUUCCUUGAAAAUAAAAGGUAAUAAUAUUGCUACAUAGAUGGAACAGUUAUAUUUACUCACAUAAAUGUACAUCACAGUCAAGCAUUUUGAUGUUUUAAUAAUAUUGUCUGGACCGAUUCUUCUGUCCCUUUGGAAUUCUGUGGAAAUGGAGUAUUUAAAUGCUAUUUGGUGCCUUACAAAUAAUAAAUUAUAUUUAUCAAAUGACCUUAAGAUGAAAAGAAAAGUGAAUGAGAAACCUCGCUUGUGUCCCAACUCAGUUUGACAAAUUCACUUCCCACUUUAUAGCAAGGUGCACCAGGGACGGACAGAGGAUUUUUUGAUAGAGGGGGCCUAGAUAUGUAGUAUACAGUGGCAUUAUGGGCACAAUAGCGCCCAUCAGGACUGCAAGGGGCACACUUUUCUAGGGAGGUUCAGGUACAUGCUCCUCCGUGAAAAUUUUCGAGAUUGAAGUUCUCUGAGAUGCAAUCCAGUGCAUUCUGAAAGCUUAAAUCUAGCAAAUGCCUGGAUUCAAUAUUGAACAUGUAAGGCUGAAAUAUUUAAUAAACCAUAAAAGGGAAGGGGGGGGGGCACCCCUAAAUCUGCCCUUGUGCACAAAUGAAGGGGUCUGACUCCUGGACUUUUGAUAACCUUUCAGUUUCUCCU